AUGGACCCAGGCACUGUGAUUCUCAUCUCGCUCUUUGCCUCCAUUGAUCACAGCCUGAUGCAUGACAUCAUUUGGAUCUUGUACUUCAGGGUUUCCUGGCCUGAGAGAAGCAUCCCUCGGCCCCCAGCGCCCCAGCCAGCGAACAAGUCCAAAAAACCCCUGUCCCAGGGGCUGGCCAAUCUGACCCAUCUCCUGUACUGGCCUGCGACCCCAGGAGAUGGGGGGAACCUUUUGGCCUCCACCAGCCCCAAGACCUCCACCUACUACCUCCAGGGUCCAGUCCAGGCCAGAUAUGCCCUGGGAACCUACCUGAAGGCCAUCCUUGUGGCUAGAGACCACAGGGGCAGGCCCAAGACCUACGGUGGGGACCUGUUCCGGGCACAGCUGCUGGGUCCCACCUUAAACACAGGAGUCCCUGGGGCUGUGCAGGAUCUAGAGAACGGCACGUACCUGCUGUCCUUCCCCCUGCUCUGGGCUGGAAGGGCGUGGGUGCAGGUGCGGCUGAUCCACUCCAGCGAGGCAGUUGGGGUCCUGCGGAGAAUAUGGAGAGACCACUGGGCCACGGUUGACUUCACAGGCUAUUUCCGGGGACCCACAGGCUACGAAGAAACUGUAACUUGCAACGUGAACCCCCUGUUGAUUGGGGGGGAAGGAUCUACCUGUCGCUACAAAGAUGAAGAUUCGGGUGAGCUCUGGUUCUGUGCUCAGCCCCGUACCCUACCCUGCAACUCACUGGUAGGACAUUCAGCUGGCCAUUACUGGAAUGUGACCACACUGCACGAAGAUGCUCUGAUGGCGGGGAAUGUGACGGACAAGGCCCUUCCUCGGGGCAUUCCUGCAAUCUGGGUGGACCAGGAGGGCGACAAGAGUCUGGCUUCAUCCCCUCAGCAACCCUGCCACCCUGGGAUCCCGGUCCCAAAGCCCUCUGGCUUCUAUCACCAAAACAUAUGGCACUCACUGGCCUGCUCGGGCCGCUCCUUCCCCACUGAAGACAGCAUCCUGGGCUGCCUGGCCGGCCGCAUCAUCCACAUGAUGGGAGACUCCACGCUUCGGCAGUGGUGGGAGUAUCUGUGUGGCGCUGUGUCCUCCCUCAAGCCCGUGGACCUGCACGUCACCUAUCAGGUGGGCCCCCUUAUGGCCGUGGACACCACCAGGGGCAUCGUGCUGCACUGGCGGGCCCACAGCUGGCCCCUGCGCUCCCUCCGCACACCAGUGGCCUCCCUGCACUCUGUGGCCCGCGAGCUGGGGGGCCUGGCAGGGGGUCCCCACACCGUGGUGGUGCUGGGUCUGGGAGCUCACUUCACCACCUUCCCUCCAACCAUCUUCAUGCGACGACUGGCAGGCAUCCGAGCAGCUGUGACAGCCCUGCUGGCCCGGGAGCCCCGCACGCUUGUGGUCAUCAAACUGGCCAACACCGGCUACAAGUCUGUGUAUGGCAGCGACUGGUUCACCCUGCAGGUGAACCGGCUGCUCCGAGCUGCCUUUGCUGGCCUCCGGGUAGCCUUUGUGGACGCCUGGGAAAUGACCUCCAGCCUGGCCCUGCCGGACAGCAUCCACCCAGGGAAACUCAUUGUGCGCAAUGAGGUGGACUUGCUCCUCUCCUUCAUCUGCCCCAGCUGAGCGCUUCUGAGGGUUCCGCUGCUGUGCUGACCAAGAGCCCAAGGCCUAGGACACAACU